AUGGCAUCAACAUUUCUCACCGUACCAACACCCUUCCUACACAAAACCAAUGCCAUCUCUUUCUCUAACAAGAGACCCUCAUUUUUGCAGAGGGGCUCACUGAAGGUCAAUGCGAUUGCUAAAAAAUGGGAACCUACAAAGGUUGUGCCUCAGGCUGAUAGAGUUCUUAUUCGUUUGGAGGAUCCAUCAGAUAGAACAGCAGGGGGAGUUUUGCUGCCCAAAUCAGCUGUGAAGUUUGAGCGAUAUCUUGUGGGAGAAAUCCUAAAUGUUGGUGCUGACGCUGGUGAACUAAAGGCUGGAACAAAGGUACUAUUCACUGACAUGAGUGCUUAUGAGGUGGAUUUGGGGACUGAUGCAAAGCACUGCUUCUGUAAAGCAAGUGACUUGUUGGCUGUGGUUGAGUAG